ACUCUAAAUUGUAUUCAGCUGGAGUGAUCACUAAAUGGUUUCUCUUUCAAAAUGGAUAUAUCGAAAAUUAAAUGGUCUUCUAAGGAUUACAAUUUAAAAGAACUGGUUACCAAGUUUCAAGAUUCUUUUCCCUUGUAUAUUAAAAUCACAGAAGGUUUUCUUGGGAAACAAGAAGUUGACAGCAUUAGUUCCAGCACAGUGCUCAGAAUUCAUUGUCUUUACUCUCAAGAGAGAGCAAUUGCUGAAACCAAAAGUGGGAGAAUACUGUCUGUGCCAACCAAAUCCACUACCUUGAGGUUCUUUCCAGUGGGAGAUCAGCAGACUUCGACAGCUGUAAACAAAAUGGUGCUUCAGAAACUAGCCUCAGGUACUAUGAGUAAACCACUUCCUGUGGUACCACCACCAGGUACUAUGAGUAAACCACUUCCUGUGGUACCACCACCAGUUAAGCCACAGACACUUCAUGGGAUCCUAUCCAAAAGAAAAUUACCUGUGGUCGUUCGCCCUGCAAACCUGGUAAUUUUUAAAGUGACAAACAAUCCAAGAGCUGAAGAACAUCGCGUAGACCACCUCACAAUCUCACUCACAUAUCAUCAAGAGUUUAUUCUUGGGCAUAGCAUAACCAAUGAAGGUUCCUUAAUAGCACGCUGUCCAGUUUUACUCCCAAUGUAUAUGAAACAAAUAAAACUGGUGAUUGCUGAAGGCUGUGAGGAUGGUAAUGAAGAGAAAUGGAAGACAUUACUGAGUCAGCACAAAAACAUGAUCAGCAAACUUGGAGAUAUGGAGCAAUUUGUGUUUCAAGAUAUUACCCUACUAGACAGAAAAGACAUAGAACAACAUGGAAAUUUGUACUCAGAUGUUGAGCCCCUCUACCUCGAUCUAACUCAACAAAAGUAUGACAUACCUGUCAGCCUAGAUGAAUACUGCAGUCAGCUGCCUGUUUCUUCAGCAGUCAGCUAUGAUCUACCACCUCUGCCUAUAAAAAAGCCUGCCAUUAAAGUACCCAAACUACCAGACCAUCCAGAAAAGAUUCCAAAGAAACUGACUAAUGUGAAUGAUAUUCCAGAAGAUUUGCACACUCUUGAUACUGAGGGGCUAUGCGAUUGCUUGAUCUUACUGAACAUGGAAAAGUAUACAGACAACUUCCGGAAGGAACAGAUCGAUGGUCAUCUGCUGUUUGACUUGGAAAAGGACAUGAUGAGAAUCUGUCUUGGCAUGAAUGAAUUGCACAUCUCAAAGCUUUUAAGGUUUCGCUCUGGAUGGAGACCCACUGUAUGAAGAUGGGAAUCACAAAAAUCCCACAACACCGUUUUCAUUUUCAGAACAUCUUAAGGAACAUGGACUUCAUUUCAGAAUAUAUGUACUAAUUAGACCUUAAGUCAUACUUAAAAGAUCUCUUACAUUUGCAGGAAAAUGACAUUGCUCUUUCCUUAUACAUUGCUUUGCAACUUUCUGGGCACAAUGAAAACUAAAAAUAUCACCAUUACGAUGAAGCAUAAUUAGUAGUUGUUUAAGUAUAUAUAUAUUUUAAGUAUCCAUAGUUAAAUAUACUUUAACUGUCCUGACAUUCCUUAUUUCAUGAUAUUAACAAAAGUAUCAAUGACAACAUGAUUUAUUUAGAUGUUAAUAUUCUUAUCCUACUUGUUAGUUGAGAGUAUGUAAAUAGAGAUAGGACUGCUUCAUAUGAUUUGCUGAAUAGCUAUCAUUAAGAUUUAGCAUACUUAUUAGCAAUACAGGUUGUACACAACUUUAUAACAGUGUGUAAAUUACCUCAAGGAAUGCAACUGACUUUUAUAUUAGUUGCUAGUGAUAUACAAUAAACAUUUAUUCCAUUAAUAAUGUUA